AUGGGCAAGCUAGGCAUCACGAAGGAGGACACCCUCGUCGUCUACGACUCGGCCGAGAUGGGCAUCUUUAGUGCGCCGCGCGCGGCGUGGACGCUGAAGGUGUUUGGGCACGAGAAGGUGCAUGUGCUGGAUAGCUUCAAGGCGUGGGUGCAGGCGGGGCUGCCGGUCGAGGGCGGGGAGGUGAAGCCUGUGGAGGAGACCGUGUAUGGGGAUGUGGUGAUGGAGGAGGGGUUGGUGGCGGGGUUUGAGGAUGUGAAGGACUGGGCGCUGCAUGGGGACCGCGGGAGGGUGCAGGUGGUGGAUGCGAGGCCUAAUGGGAGGUUUAGGGGUGUGGAUCCGGAGCCGAGGCCAGGGCUCCCGUCCGGCCAUGUCCCCGGCUCCAUCUCAAUGCCAUUCAGCAAGCUCGUCGACCCCGCGACGGGGAAGCUCCUACCCGCAGCGGAGCUCCGCGACGUGCUGGUCAAGGCCGGCGUGAGCGAGGAUCAGGGCGUGGAGAAGGUGCUGAUGUGUGGGACGGGGGUGACGGCCGUGGUGGUGGACAUGGCGCUGGAGAUGGCGGGCAUCGGCGGGAAGAGGAGGGUGUAUGAUGGCAGUUGGACGGAGUGGGCCCAGCGCGUCACUGAGGAUUCAGGGCUGAUUGUAAAGUCCGACAAGUAG